ACUUGUCCCGGAUAUUUACCUCCUGACUCUACCUGGAUCCUCCGACGCGCCCCGGGCCGAGGUGUGAUCCGUCUCCGCAGCGGGACGACCGAGGAAAAACACUGAGAGACAGGCCGGCCCUGUUCCAUUAAUCCUUCACCUGGAGAACAACACAGGACACAUGUCCCCUCUCAGUGAAGAGCUGAGGGCAAGGUGUUUGUCUUGAGAGGGAGGCAGAGUUACCGUGGUAACAGACAUGCCCAAACCGGACCUUGUCUGCCUGGUUCAGCUGUUGAACGGCACUAUCGAGACCUUCAGAGUCAGCAAGCAGGAUGAAGGCGUGGUGCUGUUGGACCAAGUGUGCAACCACCUGGGCCUGCAGGAGAGGCAGCUCUUCAGUCUGCAGAUCAGAGAGUCCAGCACAGCCAUCGUCUCGAUCACAGCCAACACACACUCUCCCAGAUGGUUGGAGCCUGAGAAGCCCUUGAAGAAGCAGAUAAAAGGUCUCGCAUCUCCUUUUUAUCUGAACUUCAGAGUGCGAUUCUUUAUCUCUGAUCCCAACUCCCUGCAGCAUGAACAGACAAGACACCUCUACUUCCUCCAGAUCAGGAGCGACAUUAGAGAAGGACGGUUGCAGUGUCCGCUGAGUGCAGCCGUGGUGUUGGCCUCGUACGCCGUGCAGUCGGAGAUGGGCGAUCACUGUCCGACCCGGUCCCCUGGUUACCUCUCAAAGUGCCACUUUACCCCUGAACAAGAUGAAGACGUUCUGAGUAAAGUGGAGGAUCUGCAUCCACAGCACAAGGGGCUGAAGCAGAGCGAGGCGGAGUUGUGUUUCCUCAACACGGCACGGACACUGGAGUUGUACGGAGUGGAGCUGCACGCCGUCCUGGACGUCAACAAUGCCCCUCUGAUGGUGGGUUUGACCUCAAGUGGUGUUGCAAUGUUCUGUAAUAUGAUUUGCUCCAAUUUCUACUCCUGGGGGAAUAUAAUCAAGAUCUCAUUUAAGAGGAAGCGCUUCCUUAUACAUCUGAAACGUAAACACGGUGAGACGCAGGACUGUGAGGUGUCUCUGAACCUGCCCUGUCCCAAAACCUGUAAAAUCCUGUGGAGGUCCUGUGUGGAUCAUCACUCCUUCUUCUCCUCCAAUCGCUCAUCCCGCAGCCCCAAGCACAACAACAGCACCAUUCAGUCCUACACCAAACUGAUAACGCAGCACCUGGGCCUCAGCAACAGUAAAACCGACAGGGGUCCAGUGUGCCAUCGUGUGGUGGGAGGGAUGGUGUGGAACCCAGUGCUGCAGAGAUCGAUUUCAUCAGAGUAUCUCGAGACCAAGAGUCUGCCCUCCAGAUCGCCACCGUCUACCCCAAACUGGCGAGAACCUCGAGUUCGUCACGGUAUCCGUAAACGGCGUCCGUCCUCCGUGGAGCUGACCAAUGAGCUGAAAGACAUGUCGGAGGGGGAGGACGUGUUCUACACUUACAGAGCGUCUGUGAGCAGCAGCAAGGACAGCGAGGGAGACAAUUCACCACAACAUCUUUCUGCCACUUUCACCCGAGGACCAGAUGUGUUCCCAGCUGAUGACAGCAUAGGAGAGGAGGAGAGCUCCCACCACUACGACAAGGGCGCUCUCGGCGAUGGAGACUUGAUGCUGAUAUGUAUCGCCCCUGAUCAGGAGGGCAAGUUUGGCUUCAAUGUCAAAGGUGGGGUGGAUCAGAAGAUGCCUCUAGCCAUAUCCCAUGUUAAACCUGACUCUCCGGCAGGUUGUUGUGAGCCCAAACUCCUGGAGGGAGACCUGGUCGUCCUCAUUAACGGUCGAGACAUUUCCGAACACACACAUGAUCAGGUCGUCAUGUUCAUACGAGCCAGCAGAGAGUCGCACUCCAGAGAGCUCGCCCUGCUCAUCAGACGUAAAGGUCCUGGCAGAGUGUUGCCCCUGCUGCAGCUACCUCCCGCCCUCACGCUCACCGGCCAAUCGCAGGGGGACAAAGUUCAGUCACCUGGCCCGUCGGAGCGGGUCACGACACUGGAGGAAUCGAUGAGGCAGCUGGAGAGAGGAAUACAGUCUGGCACGCUCUCUUUCCAUUUUGAGAAUUUAUACAGGAGGAAGCCUGGUUUGUCGCUGAUCUGUGCUCGACUCUCUGAGAACAUGGAAAAGAAUCGGUACAAGGAUGUUUUACCUUAUGAUGAUACCAGAGUGGUGCUCCAGGGCCAGGAGGACUACGUGAACGCCAGCCACGUCAAGGUGGUGCCCCCGGUGUCUGGUGUGUGUUUACGUUAUGUCGCGGCUCAGGGUCCUCUGCCACAGACCUGCACUCACUUUUGGCAAACUGUGUGGGAGCAGCAGACACACACCAUCAUCAUGCUUACAACUCUGACAGAGAGGGGACGGACCAAGUGCCACCAGUACUGGCCGCAUCCCCCUGAAGUGAAGGAUUACGGGCACAUGCGGGUGAAGUGUCACUCAGAGGAGUGUAACCUGGCGUAUGUGACGCGGCAUUUCACUCUGACACACACACAGCGGGGGGAGGAGCGUGCAGUCACACACCUGCAGUAUGUCGCGUGGCCGGACCACGGUGUACCCGAUGACCCUUCAGACUUCCUGCUGUUCAUCAGUUCAGUCAGGGAGAGGAGGAAAGGCGAGGAGCCAUUAAUGGUACACUGCAGCGCUGGGAUUGGACGGACAGGUGUUCUGAUCACUAUGGAAACGGCGCUGACUCUGUUGGAUGAGGGUCGGCCAGUGUUCCCGCUGGACAUUGUCAAAACACUGAGAGAUCAGCGAGCCAUGAUGGUUCAGACCACGUAUCAGUUCCAGUUUGUGUGCGAGGCCGUUCUGCGAGUCUACAAAGAGAAACAUGGCGGAUCCGAAGCAUCUUAACUGAGAUCAGCAGCAGGACCGGAACAGAACCAGUUGAACUGUUUCAGCUUCAUUUCAAAGAAAGCAACUUUUAACAGAAGGACUUUUUAACAGGUCGACCUCGGUCAUGCCUGUGGGACUGAUACACAGACUGGAACAUAUAGCAGAGUGUAACUAGCUUCAGACUACAGCUGUCUACCCAGAUUCAAUGUGAGUGGAUGAAUCUUAAACCUAGUUGGCCUUAGUUUUUGCUGAUCGUGCAUUAAGCUUGUAGAGGCUGUGGUCUCCAUAGAGACAAACGUGAGCUGCUAAUUUCUGUCCAUGAUGCCUCUGCUCAUGAAGCGACUUGUGCCUUGGACUCGUGCCUCCCAGUCAAUGGAAUCGAACAGGGUCGCUGUAAUCUGUAGUUUGUCUCUGUCCGGUGAUCACUGCCGCAGAUACUGUGAGGUCAUGGUGGUGCAGCGCUGCAUGCUGUCCACCGGAGGAGCACCAGACCCACUGUUCAUCACUCUUAAAUUAUUACGACACUAAAUAAACACACUGAUUUCUACUGA